ACUCCAACUACAACGCCGUUUAUAUCGACAACAACACCUCCACUGGGAAAAUGCACUGAUAUUAAGAAGGAGCCUGUGACCACUGAUCAUCACACUUACAUGGUUCCUAAUGUCACCAACGUUCGAUGCUCAGAUGUGUUCAAUGCCGGAGAUGAAUUCAACGUCGUUUUCGAAGCAAACGUGACUAUCACAGGCACCGGUGCCGCGCUCAACAUCAUCAACGCUCAAACAGGAGUUAUUCUUAAAAGGCUAAAAACAUCACACAUUCGCAUUGCAGGUAAUCCUUGUGGAGAGAAUCCUUGCAAGAAAGGCACGUGCACUAUUAACCCGAACACAGGUGGUGUGCUGUGCAUCUGUCCUGCAUGUGACAGUGGAGACCAUUGCGAAUCAGAAGUGAACCCAUGCUAUGCGGCCACAGCAAAGAGAAAAUGUCGUGUGGGUAAGAAUGUAGCCCCAGGGAACUGCGUUGUAGACGAUUCCAUAACCGAAUACUGCGCCUACAAAUGCAACUGUACAUAUCCAAUUGAAGGAGUGACAAACCAAUGCGGAACAGGUGUGUUGAACUCUAAAAUUUCCUAA